UGUUGUUGUUGUUGUCAACAAAGUACAAAGCAAAAGUUGAAAACUAAAAAUUGUUUUGAUGAGUUUGCGUCUUUGCGAUUUUGUACAUACAUAGUGAAAAUAAAUAAAUCAAUUUUCAAAGUUAUAAUUACCGUUUUCUGUCGAAAUAAUGAGUGCCGCAAUGAAGUGUUGUCGUCAAGCCCUUUUGCUGUCAUCUUCAAAUUGUGAUGGAUAUUCCAUGCUAGAGUUUGCCAAAAAUGAAAUCUGCUCUGCCUUAUCAAAGAACACAGCAAAGGAGCUAAUUUUUGUGCCGUACGCCCAGAAAGAUUACAAUGCAUAUACUAGCAAAAUAAAAGCUGUUAUAGAACCUUGGGGAUUUGAAGUCAAAGGUCUCCAUACAUUCCCAGAUCCCGUUAAAGCUAUCAAUGGCAGUAAAGCUAUAUUUGUUGGAGGUGGAAACACAUUCCUCCUUCUCAAAACACUUUAUGAACAGAACUUGGUUGACCUCAUAAACAAGAGGGUUCUAGAAGAAGGAAUGCUGUACAUAGGCAGUAGUGCUGGAACCAAUGUGGCCACAAUAAGUAUCCACACAACCAAUGACAUGCCAAUAGUUUAUCCGCCAUCUUUUAAUGCUAUUGGCAUAGUGAAAUUUAACAUAAACCCUCACUACAUAGAUACUGUGGAAAAUAUAAAACACAAAGGAGAAACUAGGGACCAGAGACUUCAGGAGUUUUUAGAGAUGGAGCACAGUGGCCGAGUGAUUGGCUUGAGAGAAGGAGCCAUCUUGAAGGUGGACGGAGAAAAGUUAUUGGUAACAGGAGUUAAUGGUGCUGUUCUGUUUGAGAAAAAUGGAGAAAAGAUCGAAUAUCCAGUGGGCAGUGAUGUUUCUUUCCUGGAAAAUCAUUGAUAGGUAGUAUUGGAUGAAAUAUUAAAAGUAUGGAAAAGUCGAAACACACAAAUAAUAUUAGUCACAGUUUAUUACUAUAAGAUCACAGUAAUCAAUUUUCUUUUGAUAUUUUUCUAAUUGUGCCCUAUAAUAAUAUUAUGAAAUCAGUGAAAUGGUCCUAUCUAGUAUAGAAAAAUUAUUGAAAGAACUUAUCACUGUGGUAGUUAGUACUGUGCCAGAUCAUUAUGUGUGUGAAUAAAUCUACAGGUUGAUUUUUUGAUGCUGUAUUUUAUAAUCAUUUAAAAAUAAAUAUUAUCUUUUAUAA